UUGCAGUUCUCAAGCUGUUAGGUUUCAUUUUUCUCCUCCUGAGGAUUCUAAAUCAGUUUCACUUUUCAGUUUCCUCUUCCCUGCCCUAAAGGCAAUUACUCAGAAACAGGGAGAAAACAUCAGCUGAUGCAUUCCCCAUUCUCCCACCCCUUUUUAUAGUUCCGUUAGUAUUUACUUGAGGCAGACAGGAAGACUUCUGAAGAACAUCAGCCUGGUCACCAGCGUUUUGGAACAACAGAGAAGCAGAGGACAGUCAUGAGUGAAAUCACCAAGAAUUCCCUGGAGAAAAUCCUUCCACUGCUGAAAUGCCAUUUCACCUGGAAGUUAUUCAAGGAAGAAAGUGUCACAAGGGAUCUAGAAGAUAGAGUGUGUAACCAGAUUGAAUUUUUAAACACGGAGUUCAAAGCUACAAUGUACAAUUUGUUGGCCUACAUAAAACACCUAGCUGGUCAAAACGAGGCAGCCCUGGAAUGCUUACGGCAAGCUGAAGAGUUAAUCCAGCAAGAGCAUGCUGACCAAGCAGAAAUCAGAAGUCUGGUCACUUGGGGAAACUAUGCCUGGGUCUACUACCAUAUGGGCCGACUCUCAGAUGCUCAGAUUUAUGUUGACAAGGUGAAACAAACCUGCAAGAAAUUUUCAAAUCCAUACAGCAUUGAGUAUCCUGAGCUUGACUGUGAGGAAGGGUGGACACAGCUGAAGUGUGGAAGAAAUGAAAGGGCAAAGGUGUGUUUUGAGAAGGCUCUGGAAGAAAAACCCAACAACCCAGAAUUCUCCUCUGGACUGGCAAUUGCGAUGUACCAUCUGGAUAAUAACCCAGAGAAACAGGUCUGUGACAAUGUUUUGAAGGAGGCCAUAGAGCUGAGUCCUGAUAACCAAUAUAUCAAAGUUCUCUUGGCCCUCAAACUGCAGAAGAUGAAUAAAGAAGCUGAAGGAGAGCAGUUGGUUGAAGAAGCUCUAGAGAAGGCUCCUAGCCAAACAGAUAUCCUCCGCAGUGCAGCCAAAUUUUACAGAAAAAAAGGUGACCUGGACAAAGCUAUUGAACUGUUUCAACAGGCACUGGAAUCCACACCAAACAAUAGCUACCUCUAUCACCAGAUUGGGUGCUGCUACAAGGCUAAAGUGAGACAAAUGCAGAACACAGGAGAAUCUGAAGCUAGUGGAAAUAAAGAGAAGAUUGAAGCACUAAAGCAAUAUGCUAUGGACUAUUUGAAUAAAGCUCUUGAGAAGGGAAUGAAUCCUCUGAUUGCAUACUCCGAUCUUCCUGAGUUCCUGGAAGCAGAAUGUUACCAGACACCAUUCAAUAAGGAAGUUCCUGAUGCUGAGAAGCAGCAAUCCCAUCAGCGCUAUUGCAAACUUCAGAAAUGUAACGGGAAGUCUGAAGACACUGCUGUCCAACAUGGUUUAGAGAAUUUGUCCAUAAGCAAAAAAUCAACUGAGAAGGAAGAGAUCAAAGACCAACCACAGAAUGUAUCUGAAAAUUUGCUUCCACAAAACGCACCGAAUUAUUGGUAUCUUCAAGGAUUAAUUCAUAAGCAGAAUGGAGAUCUGCUGCAAGCAGCCAAAUGUUAUGAGAAGGAACUGGGCCGCCUGCUAAGGAAUGCCCCUUCAGGCAUAGGCAGUUUGUUCCUGUCAGCAUCUGAGCUUGAAGAUGGCAGUGAGGAAAUGGGCCAGGGUGCAGGCAACUCCAAUCCCAGAGAGCUCAUCUCUAACUCAGAGCUCCUUAACAGAGGAGAAAGGAGAGAGGAGAAAAACAGAGCUUCAGAAGCCUGCAAUGGUGGUUGUGAGGGGUAAGAGGAUAGGAAGACAGGAGGCCCCAACCUGGGGUUGCUGAGCAGGGAAGUUAUGCACGUUGCUUGAAGGUACAUUUUUAAAGAGUUGUUUUCUCGUGUUCGUUAUAGUUCAUUAGAGUUACAUAGUCAGAAGGGCUUGCAGCUGGUCACUAGUAGCAAUAAAUGCUUCAGGCCUACGUGAUGCUUAGUUCUCAGUUCUCAUUCAGUUCACUAUAUAACCCUCAUUCCUGCCCUUCCUGCCAAGGGUCAUAAGUGGUGACCACCUAGCAACAAAAUUCAUAGUCUCAUCUCAUUUUCAUCCAGCCUUCCGGACCUUGAAGAUUAACUUUUGACUAACCCUGAAAUAUCCCUUGCCUCACUUAUGGCUUCAGCAGUGUAUUUAUGUGUAUUCUUGAUAGCAAUACUGCAAUCAAUAUGUAUUGAUAGUAAUGCUACAAUAAAUCUAAACCAUUUCAACUCUAUCAGAAUAGAGGUAAUUGUGUGGUUUGUGUGUGGGACUAUGACAGUAAUAUUAACUCCCAAAGUGUCUCCUACUAGGGACAGUGAGUAAUUGCUAAGCCGUACCACGCUAUUCUCGGCAUGUCCAUUUGAAUUCCUUCCUCAGAAUGAACACCCUCCCACCGUAGCCAGCCUAUCCUUACAUUAUAGGAACUAUGACUGUCUUUCCAGCUCAGGUGUCCUAGCUAAGCCCCGUGCCCAGUUAGUAGCUCAGUUGACAGGGUUGCUGUGAGCCCAGGUUAGUGCCCAGUUGACAGGGUUGCUGUAAACCCAGGAAUACCUGGGCAAAUGCUUCCCUGACAGAGUAUGAGGGACACCAGUGUGAGGCUGGCCAAAAGGGCAGAGAUCCAUCCAGGUCUGCAGCAGUCCCUUUCAAACUGCCAGUGUCUGACAUAGUGAGCUCCAUUUGUUCAGGUAAAAGUCAGACCUGGAUGGCAAAUUUCUCUUAAACACAUGGGGAAUGGUCUCCUUGGACUUUUAAGAUUUUCACCUGCAGCUCAUUUUUAAUUCAUUCAUAAAUAUAAUAUCUAGUCACAAGGGUGUAAACAGAAAAGUAAAAAUAUAUAAAUGUAUAGGAUGAUCAUUUGAACACUUUCUUUUUACAUUCCUUAUCCCCUAGGAAUUAAGGUAAUAUUUGAAAUAAAUUCUGAAAUGAUUUCCUAGCUGAUUUAACAUCUGGAAACUUGCUUGUAGGUUGAUAAGUGGCAGAAAGACUGUGACCCUAAAGGAGCUCAUCUCUUUGAAUUUAGAAUUUAGACCCUAUACCAGGAACCCACAAACAUUUGCUCUCUGGUAUUCACAGACAUAGUAUAUGCACCUUGGACUACUUCCAAACUCAAAAAUCUAAACCUGCUAGGGAUUUUGAGUUUUGCCAAGGCAUUAUACCAUUUAAGAGACUAAUACAGUAUAUCAUGGUGUCUAUAGCUAAUAAUGAUAUGUUGCAUACUUGAAAAUUGCUGAGAGUAGAUUUUGUGUUCUCACCACUAAAAAAAAAAAAAAGGUAAGUAGCUGAGGUAAUGUGUAUGUUAAGUAAUUUGUUUUAGCCAUUUCAGAAUGUAUACAUAUAUUAAAACAUGCUGUACACCAUAAACAUAUACAAUUUUUA